GGCUCCAAGAAAGGUAUUCCAGUCUAUACAGCCAAUCGACUCCAACGAUGGGCGACUAUGCUACAAGGAUAUGACUUUCAGAUCAAGUACAAAUCUACAAAAGAUUUCGGGAAUGUAGAUGUCCUCUCGCCUUUACUCAGCUAUAACAAGCCCACAAAGGAGGAUGCUGUGAUCGCCGGCGUUUCUGUUGAUGAAGACGUGUGCCACGUAUUGAUGAUGGCAAUAAACACUUUACCUGUCUCAGCCGACAUGGUACAACGAGAGACGCAGCGUGACCUGACAUUACAGUCAGUUCAACAGUAUCUGCGUUGUGGCUGGCCCUCGCGUAUUGAUUGUCCAGAUUUAAAACAGUUCUAUCAACGACGACAUUCGUUAUCCCUGGUUAAUGACUGCAUUAUGUUUGGCGAACGUGUGGUCGUGCCUCGAAGUCUCCAACAAAAAGUCAUAAGUCAACUACAUUUUACGCAUCCUGGUAUUGGCCGUAUGAAAUCGUUGGCACGCUGUUACGUCUACUGGCCAAAUAUCGAUCGUGAAUUAGAAGUGAUGGUUCGCUCAUGUUCUCGCUGUGCUCGGGCUUUGAAAAUGCCUAUCAAGACAGCCCUACAGCCGUGGCCCAACCCAGGAAAACCGUGGUCAAGAAUCCACAUAGAUUUUGCCGGCCCAAUCAAUGGCAAACAGUUUCUGGUGGUAAUCGACGCGUAUUCCAAGUGGCCGGAGGUUUUCAUUAUGCAAAAUACCACAGUGACGAUAACAUUAAAUAAGUUGGUUCAGCUUUUCAGCAGAUUUGGUGUUCCAGAGAUCAUCGUAGACUGGAAAUCAACCAAUCCGGUUGAGAGUUGGAAUUGUGCAAGCGUCCAAUCAGAAAGCAGGACAAUUGCAUGUCAACGACUUGUUAAUAACGCGAUAAUAAUUUGACUGAGACAUGAUAGUGACCCGAUAAUUGCAUGUGUUUUGCCUCUUCCUAACAAAUCAGAUCCCUGCCAACCAACAUAUGAAUAUCAAUCUGAUGCUCACUAGUGACUGGCCGUAUUCAGGUAGGUAGUUACCUGAUUUCUAGUGGGAAGUCAUGACCAGUGGGGCACAGUAGGUUGGGUGUGAGAAUAAAUACUCGCUAGUAGUCGUGCCAUUUCCUGAAUUGAUAAAAGUUGGGAUUUAUGGGUUAGCUAUUGGAUCGGGUCCCAGUGGCUUAAUAGACUACGACCUCGGCUUGUAAUCAGGUCCUGGGUUCGAAUCCCGGAGGUGGAUGCGUACUGAUGAAGAGACCAAAACUGGGCUGACCAAACAGCUGUCCAGUACUCC